AUGGCACAGGAGAAAAUGGAACUAGACCUGGAGCUGCUGCCAAGUUCAACCAUCACAGCCCGCAACAUCCUGAGAAGAUCCAACAGUGCCCCUUUGAUCAGGGAGCUUGGAUUAAUUGUGAAAUGGUAUUUGAAAAUCAGCCGAAGAGAUUUUUCCAGGCCACAACCAAUGUGUUUUCUUCUGAUACUACCCAAUUUGCCAUUUUCUUCUCCUAGUCUAUCAUCUGUUCAUAUGCUCUUGAUGGAAACAACAGCAAUACAAGAUCUCCUUGUGAUUCACUGGCUAAAAUCAGCACUGUCACAAACUCUCCUGUGUCUCCUGUUGAUUCUGGUUCUCCAUUUAUUAUAG